AUGCUACGCCGAGUGCGUGCUUCAUCUGCCGGCGCUUUAGGUUUGCUAUCACAAAAUUUGUUACACGAGACUCGUUAUGCACUCUUCCUUUCUGGUGUCAUUCAAGCAGUUGUCUUGACACAAUCAGUAUUUUUCCGCCCAGCUCCAGAGGUGAAACCUGGUGACACACAUUCCGUCCCAACAGUAGCCACUCUCAAAUUUGGCACCGCGAACGAGUCAGUCGAGAAAGGAAAACGCGCUUACGCAGACCAAAAAUAUGACGACGUGGUCAAGCACUACACCUGUGCUCUUGAUGCCUUGCAAACGGAUCGAUCUUCUUCGGUUAUAUAUGGUCAUCGAGCUGCUGCGUACGAUAUGCGAAGCAAGUACAAACUUGCAGUGGAAAAUGGUCGAGCGCCGAACCCUGAUAACAACGCGACUUGUCCCGAUCCAUAUUUUGCUCUUGGCAAUGCGUUGCUUUGA